CAUGCCUAGAUGACAGGUCUACGCCUGACUGUAGCUCAAAUGUACUAUUUUGCUUAGUAAAUUAUUGCGCCUAUGUGUAAAAAGUAAUCGCAGAAAACGUUAUUAAUUGACAGAAAUAAGAUACCAGCAAAAGAGCUAGGUUAAACGCGACAAGGAGGCCAAUCUAUUUAUUGUACCUGUGUUCUUUCGGGGCACACGCUUUGAACUGCAUUGAACUGAUUUACACAUAGGAUGACAAGCUGCGGUAACAUAUAGAAUAAGCCUGUUCAUAUCGCCUUUAAGCAUCACAUUGAGUUAAAGUGAAUGAUGAUUUAGCACGUAAGAGGUGUUAGAAAACAAAAGGGCCAACAAUCAAUAGAGCGUGGCGGACAUUUAAGGCGUUAAUUGGUAUUAGGAAACAUCAGAAUUCUCGCGACUGCGGAUUUACGCGGAACGGUGCGUGUGAGUGUGUGAGGGCGCGCUGAAAUGCGCUCUAAUUAUAGGAAAAAAAGUUCCGCAUAUAUUUGCCUAACAAUGCUCGUGGAUAUAAACGAAUUUAUGAAGAAAUAAGCGUUCCGCAUUUAGGGGGUGAAUAGAGAAAAAGCGACGGCUGAACUGGAAGAAUUAUGUGUAAUAAUUAUGGAUAAAAGGCGUUCUGUAAAUAGCAGGAGAGGAUCGGCCGAGAUAUAAACGGAUGGGCACAUCGUUCAGGAGAGCGAAUUCAGUGCCUUUUCUUCUGCUGCUACAAAUACUACCACCGUCGCUUGUUCUGCAUAAAGAAAAAAUAAGACUGUCUGCUGCCAUCGUCAUCAUUAUUGUCAACUAUUAAAGGAAGCUAUGAUGACACUCUACGAAGAUACAGCAUCUCUCGCUCCUUUGUUGGACGUUCGACAGCAACCGACACUUAAACAACGUAAAAAGCAUCGAACCUCAUGCAAAGCCCAGUACGAUGUUUGAUGAAGAGAACCGUGUUUUACUCGAGUCCCCGAUGCAUGCUAAUCUAUUAACGAUAUAGAAAAUACUGGGCACAAAGCACUGUUCGUGAAAACCUCCCACCCAGGAUUUCGUCGGAAGAAUAAUGAAGAUUUUAUUGACGAUAGCCUUACCAGCGCUUAUUGUCAUGUUGACAACAUUUGCAAAUCCCGGAGAGUCGGGCUUGCCUUCAUGGCAAGAAUCACCUCCCCCGCACAUGAGAAUCAAUACAUUACCGUCGGACCGAGUGAUGCGGUUUCGGAGCGAGCAAUCGGCUGAUCAUUUCAAACUGCUUGAUAUAGACGGAGACCAUUUGUUAAUCGGCGCCAAGAAUAUGGUAUACAACUUGUCAGCAUCAACACUGCAGGUUCGCCGUCGUGUUGAAUGGCGUUCGUCGGAAUCCGACAUGAAAAUGUGCAAACUCAAAGGCAAAAGCCAUGAUGCCUGCCAGAACUAUAUUCGGGUUGUAGCAAAAAAAUCGCACAAUCAGAUCCUGGUUUGCGGCACCAACUCAUAUAAGCCAAAAUGUCGUGAUUACAUUUUAAAAAGUCCUGACCCAUCAGCAUCGUCUUCAACCACAGGGGGGGAGUUUAGUUUGAGCGAGGAGAAGCCAGGCGAAGGCCUUUGUCCUUACGAUCCAAAUCACAACUCAACGUUCACUUUCGCCGCUCCACUCGGCUACAGAACAGAUGGCGACCUGUACGUUGGAACUGUCGGGCAGUUUUCUGGAGCAGAUCCACUUAUCUAUCGCAAACCUCUUCGCACGGAACAGUUCAACCUAAAGCAUCUCAAUGCGCCGAACUUCGUCUCAUCAAUGUACAUUGGAUCGCAUGUGUACUUCUUCUUCAGGGAAAGUGCUGUCGAAUACAUUAACUGCGGAAAGGCCAUUUACUCGAGAGUAGCAAGAGUUUGUGUAAACGACGCGGGUGGACCGCACAAAUUUAAGGAAAGAUUUACGUCGUUUCUAAAAGCCAGGUUGAACUGUUCAGUUCCAGGGGAGAUGCCAUUCUAUUUUGAUGAAUUACAGGCAACAUCGCAAAUUAUGGAAGGAUCAUACAAUGGCGAUCGGAUCUCUUUGAUCUACGCCGUUUUAACAACACCGCAUAACUCUAUUCCGGGAUCGGCUGUGUGUGCAUUCCGAAUCAGUGACAUUUUGAAGGUAUUUGAUGGAGCGUUUAAGGGCCAAAAAGAGAAAAAUUCUAAUUGGCUUCCAGUGAUUAAUUCACGAGUGCCUGAGCCACGACCAGGCCAAUGUACCAACAGCUCCCGCUCUCUACCCGAUGUUACACUAAACUUUAUUACGAAUCAUCCUCUCAUGGACCAGGCCGUUUCAUCCUAUUUGGGCCGUGGUCCAGUCGUGGUUCACACCGGUUUCAUGUAUCGUUACACGGCCAUCGCAGUUGAUCCCCAAGUAGAAGCGGCUAACUCGAAAACAUACGACGUUCUUUUUAUCGGCACCGAUCGCGGCCAUGUUAUUAAGGUGAUCAACGUCGUUUCGCUUUCCGCAGAUCAUCAAGGUCCAGUGGUCGUUGAAGACGUACAGGUUUUUACUAACCGUCAACCGGUAACUAAUCUAGUCGUCUACAAAUCUUCAUAUGAACAGAAGCUGAUUGCCGUAAGCCGUGAGGAAGUUGUUGGCGUCCCGCUGUUCCAUUGUGGCCGGGCCAGAACUUGCGGCGACUGUGUGCGCUUACAGGAUCCCUUUUGCGCAUGGAGCACGUCGGAGCGUAAAUGUACGCAUAAAUGGCGCGGCAAGGACCGCCAUUCAGCUGUGCAAAAUAUCGAAGAGGGAUGGGACCAACGGUGCGGGGGUGGAUCUCAAGCAACCAUGCUCGAUACCUUUCGAUUGAAAAACAAUCGAGACUCGCCUCUGUCAGCAGUUUCAAUGGGGAACGGCUCGUCGUCAUCAUCUAUGUCUGCCGAUCUUCAGGACCUUUUGAACAGACGAGCUGAUCGUGAUGACCCGCUUCUCAUGCACGCCACUGGUGAUGGAACAUACAUCGCCACUGCCUCAUCAAUCGACUAUACCGGUGAGACAUUGGCGGUAUGUGUGACAACAGCUAUUGUGAGUUCGCUAGUGCUUGGCUUUAUGGGCGGAUACAUUUUCGGAUGCCGAGGGAAAGCUGAACAUCUUAUGGCGCUUGCCACCGACCCAGAGGACUACACUAGGUAUAUGGAGAUCCAGCGCGCAGCGGGCGGGGGGGGGCUCCUAGUGGGCGCUCCAGUAGUUGACCUUGGUGUUACGUACCCGGGUCACGAGCUUAAUUACACGCUAUCUCCACAUCACCAUCUCACAAACAGGCCGCUUCCACCACCGACUACUAAAAACGUAAAUCUUAUCCUCAACAAGAACGGUAAGCCGAGCAAUCACCUCGGCGCAGCUGGUGGCGACAACCCUAAUGCCAAUGUAAAUCUUGCAUCCGCGAUGACAACCUUGCAAAGACCCCAUCAGCAACAGUUAACCCCAGAUGAUAUGAAUAUUAACAUAAAUAAUACACUAUCAAGGACAACAACAUUGCAGAAGGUAAAGAAGAUCUACUUGUAGACCUCGCCGUCUAAGGACACUACCACUAAAUCAUUAACUUAUGCCUCAGUCUACGCAAACAUUGAUGACCCAAUUCGCUGCGGCCCUCAACACGGUAAUAAUUUGAUAAAAUCCAAAAGAAAGCUUAGGUGAUUAUUUUUGCUUUAGAAUAUCUUUGUGCAAUAACUCUGAGAAGAAAGAAAUGAAGAAGAAAGAUGAACGAAAGAAAAUGAAAUCUUGAAACUGAGCCCUAAAUUAGAUGAAAUAUCUGAUUGAUAUUAAAUUGCCGGCUGAACCUAAAACGACCGAAAUACGCUCUUUUCUUUUUCAGUCAUCUGUUUUGGACGUUAGAUCAUUACAGACACAGAUAGCUAAGGCCGCCUGAAGGAACACUGGAAGGCUUUUUUUAUCGUCUGCAGUAGAUCAUUAUGCUUUUUGUUUGGCAUAAAAGAUGUAUCUUGCCACCUUCAGAGAGAUUUUUUGAAUAGAUUAAAAACAUUAUACGAGUUUCUCUUGGCGUAGAAUAUACUUAUUUUAGAAUGUUCUCACACUAUCAACUCAUCAGUAUUAUUAUGUUUACUAUUACAACUAUCCUUUUUUUUCAAAUUCGUUUCUAACUAUGCUGGUACCUGUAUCCCUCUAAGGAUUUCGGGUGUUCAUUUGAACAACGACCCUAACAUAAUAGAAAGGUACAUAUCUUAUGAAUAGAAUACACAAUGUAGUCUUACAAGUACUAGACACCUAUUAGCAAUUUACGCAAGAGGUUAUACCUAUAGAUUUCACAGUGACAGACGAAUCAUGAGUUUUUAUUUUUCUGUCAAACCAUGAUCUCUGCAUUCUAGACAACUACCUAUGGCUUGUGUGUUCGUUGUUGCUUCAGAAGCGUUUUACCAAACUACAAGAAGAAUAGGUUAAAUGUUACUGUCGUACGUUUUAUGCUGCGAACCCUAUUGGUGAAAUACCGUUAGCUAGCAACGUAUGCUGCCUACCUCGAUGCCCCCUUUUACGAACCUAUGUAAAAGAUGUUGCGGAAGGGCAGCGCACGCUGCGGAAGCGAAGGGGAACAUCUGUUUACUGUUUUUUCAGCUUACAUACCCAACCGCUACAAGAUGUAAAUACUACUUGUAGUUACAUAUUCAGUUUUAGUAUGCCAAAGAUCCAAGAAGGAUGUCACCCUUGUUAUUUUCUACUUUCUACACGCUAUGACUUACUCAUUCUAGUGCUACGUCGUAUCUCCAUGGUGUCAAUUGCUCUAAAGAAAGAAUAACAGGCACUUCAGGAUAAAUGACUUACGGUUUUGCUGUUCGCCAACAAACAUUCUCGAAUUUACCGUUGCGGAUGUAGCUUUUGUGAAAAAAACGACAGCAGCGUACUGAUAAAGACAAAAGCUUAUGGAAAAUGCUUCUAAAGCUAUUUUUUUCAAAAAUAUUGUCGAUUUAACACCAUGUCAUUCUAAAAGAUACUGUCGAAUCUAGGUGGGUAAGUGUUAUUACAUUUUUCAGAUGAGUCAAUUUUUUGCAAAUUCUUCUGUCUAAUAAUAAAUAUAAAAUCUGGAGCAUAUAAUACCCAUAUGCAGUCUUUGUAAGAUUAGAAGAAAUACUUAGUGCUGAUUAAUGACUUUCUAUAGUCUAUAAAACGAACUUUUAGUUUAUUUUAAUAUAUGAACUCUUAGCUUUUGUUGUGGACCAGUUCCGCUGUUCGCAGUAAUCAUUCAUAAAUCUGCUUUUGAUAUCCGGGUUAACUUCGUGCAAUGGCUGCCACAAUAAUAAAAUAAAUAAGUAACUUAUAACCACCCAAUGGGUCAGACCGAAUAAACCGAUGACGGCGAAACUAAUGAAUAUGGCGGAGAUGUGCGCGUCUGCUAAACAGGUCAACUACGCAAGUGACGCUCGAGUGACAUAGAGCCAGCCUUUUUGCUAACGCGAAACAAUCCUAAUGAAAAGGAAAAUAUAGGUAGUGCUUAAGUAUGAACGAUAUCGUCAUCAACGAACAACGUAUUCGUCAAACACAUACCUAUAUAUGUAUACACCGGAGUACGGAAAACAGAGAGAUUUAUCUAUACGCUACGGCUACCAAAAUCACUUAUUUCAUACAUAUGUUGCCCCCAUUUUGGAUCUUCUUGAAGAUCUUCUUCACAAUUGUAUACGGAGAUCUUAUAAUUUCUAGUUAAAUAUCAAAAUACAAAUCUACGUAACAUUGAAAAACUGUGAAAGUUACACUAAUUCAACUAGGUAUGGUCAGGGAGUGCGCAAGAGUGUAUAUACUAGAUGACAUUGUAACAGAAACAGCCUGAUUUAUUUCGAUGAGUGUUACGUCAGAAGACAUCCAUAAAUUGAAAUUUCAGUGAUGGUGAGAACUGCAUGCAAUGCUUCCUAUAACCAAUAGGUGAUGGAAGCAUAUAAACUGUGAAUAUUCUCUAUCGGGAAGCAGAAUCCCUUUUCGAAAAAAUAAAAUAACGUUCAGUUACGUAAACGCAGAGCGAGCAGCAGAAAUUAGAAAACUUAUUGCCACAAUGAUAAGUUCAAAACAGUAUUUUCUAAACUCCUUUUGAAGCUGGGCCGAAAUAUACAAGAGCCGAAUUCCUAAUAUAUAUAUAGAUAUAUAUUAAAUUCAAAUCUAUCCUGGAAACAAAGCGGUAAGCCAAAUAAUUCGCUUUUGCGUUAGUUUAAAAAACCAGUAUCUUGUUUUAUGUGUGUUUUUAGCAUUUAUGGUUGUUGUUCAUUCUGAACAAGCGUUCGGAAUCACUACAAUUCGAGUCCUACUAAUUGGGGUACGUCUUUAUAGACUUCAACAGAGCUAUGAAAUAACAUGGCAACCAUACAGACAGCGAUGUACUUACUUAGCUCUCUGUAUACUUACUAACUCUAACUACUUAAUUUUCUGGCUUUUAUUUUUAUUCAGUUCGCUUUUCCUUAUUAUAAAUUUUUGACAACACUGAGAAUCUGUGUUGCCAAAGGGCCGUGUUAGCAUAAGGAGACACCUGUGGUUGCAUUUCAUGUUACACCAUCCUUCCAGAAAGUCAAAAAAUAUAUCUCAACUGUUGAUACAGGUGUAUAUGUGGUAAAUCGUAGCCAAUGCUAUCAUCGAUAGCGUUAAUAACGACAACUACAACGAAAGUUAAAUUACGUCUACUUACACGACUGACGCCGAACAAUACAUACAAGCUAUUUUCUGUUGAUCACUAUUUUAUUUUUGCAUUUUUUUAAAAACAGUAAUAAUUUUGUAAACAAUACAGUAUGUACAGGAAAAAUAACUGUCCUGAUGAUAUUAAUGUACGAAUGUUAUAAGUAUACCUUCGUAAUUAAUACAUACUUUAGGAAGCUGCUUAAGUAAUUUCGUUAAUGACAGCCAAAGACCUAUUUCGGCUUCUCUCCAACGUAGCUUUUCUUGAACGAGCAGAUUCUAUCAGAUAUUGCGCGCGUUUUUUUGAAUUCCUAGCAUCUAUCGAAAAUUCCGCUUUAAUACAGGCAACAAUAAUACUGCAACUCGCCUCGGGUUAGUCGUUCAUAUCUAAGAGGCAAAGCCACUUUAGCUCGGAAAAGAUCUCGAUCAUCGUCAGUCGGAAUCCUACACAAUCGCAUAUUACACAGUUCUCGCUAGGCAACCUUUCUGGCUAUAAGAUAGAGUUCCUUCAGCCAUAUAUAUAUAUAUAUAGGAGGUUGCUGAAAACAGAGUUUUUGGAAGGAAAACAUAUGAAGUGUUUGCAUAUCAGUUGAAAUCUCGCCUAGCGUUUUCCAUUGGCUACUGUACUCUAGACCACCUACUCAUUUACGAUUAUCGCCUUCCCUCCGCUGGUAUCACACAAAUUGUAUGCAAUCUAUCUUAGAUUUACUAAUCCUCGUGAAAUAAGGUUGGUCGCGGCCUUCUAACAACCGUAAUACCAAUGCAGUAUUAACACGGUCUGCCAUUACAAUGGCAAUAUGAGUACUUCCAUCGAAAAGCGAGGUCAUUUUUUGAUAAUGUGUCCUGCGUAUAUCCACAGGCUAAACUCAGGAGUGAACGCUUCCACCGAAGAGUGAAAAUGUAUAUGUAUUUCAGUUCUAUUUCGCAUUUAGCAAAUCUAAUUUGGUUGCAACAACGCUCAUACACCAGUAUAUUCGGAAACAUGAUCGUUGCACAUUUCUGGGAAAGCGUCAAAAUUUUUUUAUGCUUUGUACCAAAAUCCAACCGACUUUAAUCUUUACUGUGCAUGGUAGUCGAGGCUUAAAGUACAUUGAGACACUGGGUAGUGUAUAGUAUUAUGAAUGUGUAGGACUUAUCAAAAACUUAAUGAACUCGUUUGCCAAACUGAUCAUACGUAUGUCCAGGUAUUAGAAACGCACAUUGUCUAAAUGGUUUUUUUUCGAGGAACUAGCGCAGCUUCAACUGAAUAAAUGUCGAUUGAAUGCGCAUGAUGAUACAAGACGCUACCUAAAUAUCUACUAUAUCUUUUAUAGCCUAUUAUAUCUUUUAUCAUGAUUGUAAUGUAUACAUCACAUAUAGCAACACUCCUACCCUUAUCACUUGGUUAUGUAAAAUAAUAUUUUAUUGUUAUUUUUGGUACAGAGCGAUAUAUAAAUGCGAAACAUGGAUUAUUAUAUUAGAGAGUAAGGCACCAGUACUCAUCAUGGCAGUAUUUUUCAAGCAAGGACUGUGAUAAGCUGCAAAACAGUAUAAAUAACGUAGAAUAAUAAAGAAGGAUAGAAAGGCCGACGAUGAUGUCACAAAGGAUUUGGUAUUAGGUCAGUCAGUAUGAACUGGAAGAAGGGUCAACCCUAAAUUUUAAAAUGGUGCGUUAUUUUGCACGAGUGCGACAUUUCGUGGUGCGUUUUUUGUUUUCGAAACGCGUUUGUACUCGUCGGAAUCUGAAAGCGUUCAUUCAAAUGUGGUCACGUAAACUUUUAGCAGACGACUUGUAAUGGACUAUGCAAGAUCAGAGUGUUUGAGCCAUUCACAAAUAUAAGCUUCGUCUUGAUGUUACAGAGACCGAAAGAACUUGCCGUAAAAACCUUGUAUUCAAUAAAAUCCCUACUUACUAAAGAAAGCACGGUGAACCAUUGAUUCAAAAAUUUUAGUUCAAACAAAAAAAUUCGUCUUUAAUUUAAAAAUUCGUCUUCGUGCAAACUUAUACAACAGAGUUGUGGCAAAACUUAUUCAGCUGAAGCUUAAGAGCUAGUAUUUAUGUACAGUCAGUUUUGGUGUACAUAAAAAUACCAUACUCGUUAAUCGUUACAGCUGCCUUAUGGUGUCUAUUGCACUUAUCAUUUAUUACAGCUGCAUAAGUUGUGGUAUGUUGAUUAUGACUAAACUUUACACAAUAGGACCAGGUGAAGAAAGAACUAGGUAUCAAACAGCAAGGAGUAUCGAAUAGGGCUAAACCACCCCUAUUGCCUGACCUAAAGUAUGGUGGCGAAAAUGCCGCAGUUGCAACUGGCGAGGCCUCGAAUCAUGUACGUGUGGACCUCAACAGACUUUGCUCCUAUAGGUUUCUUUUUUCAAGACCUUGACAAUUGAUUCCUCUAUAUAAAAAUCGUCAGAAUUUGGUAUAAAAAUAUCGUUUUGAAACUUCAUACAUAUACUGUUUUGACGCAUACUUUUCGAGCAAAGGUUAUUAUUCAAAAAAAAAGGGCUAUAUUAUCAUUUAAAUAGCAGAAGGCUAUAAAUCGAUUGAGGAUUUAAAAAUAUAUAGUUUUUUUUAGUUUCAGUUUAGAAACAGUUUAGUAUCUCCUAGUUUAGACUCACUCGUACAACAUAGUACCUGAAAGACGUAAAAACAUUUAAUGGUAAGUCUCUUGUCAAAACUAGUUCGUUCUUUCAGAUCGGAUAUGCUUGCCAAAGGAUUAGCUUGCGUAGCUUGACGACUUUGUGUUGGCUAACAACUUUGGUGAAAAUAUAGGACAAACUGAAAUUCUUAAUUAAGCUCUAGUGAAGAAUAUAGCAAUUAGAUAAAAAAACAAGCGUAAGCCGUGCCUCAUCAUCAAGCAGAGAUUCCCUUUACCCCUACUAUUCGGACAAAAUCGUAUACAAACUAGCGAUUAGGUAACAAUGUCUGUGAUGGAAAUAAGUCGAACACUGGCUGCGGGUGUCUCGCGCAGAUG